AUGAUGGAGGACGAUCGACCGAAGAUCAAACGAGUGGCCAAAGACGACGAAGAUGAGGGUGAGGAUGAGGAUGAGGCAAAGGAGCAAGACGCAGCGGAGGUGCUAUCUGCCUUUAGGCUUAUGCAGAGGCGGCAGGGAGCAGCAGGUGAGAUGCCGCCGUUUGCCGAAUGUGGUCCAAAUUCUUGUGUCCGUGCGCUGAUCCCCACCGAACUGCCAUAA